AUGGGCCAUUUCAUACAAGAGAGUGCUACCCAUGGGAAAAGAGGCAAAAAACCGUCCUAUUUCGUCACCGAGGAAGACUGCCAAUUCUACCAACAGCAGGCCAAAAUCUUUCAAGCCCGAGCGGCUUACAUACGUCAAGAAUGGGCUAGACAAAAGGCAGCCUUACAAGCCAAGCAGACAGCCACUCAGCUAGCCACUCAGUCAACAACUCAGCCAAGCAUCAAGCAUGUUACUCAGCCAGUCACUCAGUCAACCACUCAGCUGGCCACUCAGUCAGCCACUCAGCCAGAGCACUCAGUUGAGCAAGAGGAGGAGUCACUACAACAGGCGGAUGCGGAGAACACUGCGGAGAAACCAAGCGACAACAAGGCCCCCAGCACCAAGAACACGGCUCAGCUCUCCAAGAUCCCACGUCAUAUGCUCUCCACGAUCCCACGUCAAAUCGCCACUCAGCAAGCGGAGAACAACACUACAAUUUGGCCUGCUGUCUCCACAUGCCUAGGCAAUAUCACAUUGUGGUACAUCACUGCAAUGACGACACAAGAGGAGGAUCUACUGUGUCGAUCACAGCCAAUUGGGCCACUGCAGGAGGAAGAUCAAUGA